CAGACCCGUUGACUUCCGGUUUCAGUCGUGAACGCACCUGUACACGAAAGAGAAAAUGUAUAAAUCGGAGUUGCAAUAUCGAAUCAAUCAAUUGUUGAAAAAGUUGCGGGCGAAGUAUCUGAUGGAAUAUUAAUUGAAAAUUUCUGCAUCCGAGAAACGUCUAAUUAAACAUUACCGUUUCAUGACUCUCAUCCGCCUAAAGUUCUCCAGUCGUCUUUUGUUCCUGUUGGCAUUGGCUUUCGCUUCGGUGGCGGCAGCGUUCGCUUUGGCUGCCGCUCGAUUAGUAUUGGCUCUUCUGUGCUCCGUUUGCGGCAGCCUGGGCAUUCGCUGCGUUCGCCUUGGCUGUUUGCAUUGCAUGCGUUAAUGUCUUCAACUGCAUCGCAACCAAUGAAACAGAAUUAAACGAGUACUUGACGUGCAGCUUGCUGACCAGCGAUAUUCUGAGCAUCCGAAGCAGCUUUGGCUUCCUGCGCGGCUUUCUGCGCGAUCACGCUACUUUUUUCGGGUCCUUUCUUUUCGUUACUCGGCGUCCCAUUACGGCAAUUACAGGUUAUCGACGAAUGUUUCGCGAAAAAAGAGUGUAUGGCAGUAUAACAGUGGGAUAAAUGGCCGAUUAAAAGUAAAAUUAGACUCACUACAUCGACUGGAACCUUGUGAAACCUUUCGCAACCGAGGUAGAAAAAAAAAAUGGAAGCGGCCCAAAGUUGUCGGUAAUGUCCUCAACCCCUUCCGCAACUACCACGAGCUUAGAGUACAGCUAUAAGAAGUCCAAUGGUCAAGUAACUGGUAUCAGUUCUUAGUUGUACCCUUGAGCAAAGACAACACUGCAGAGAUCCUUUAUACCGCUGUACCUGGAACCGUUUCGCUAUACGAAUCCCUUUCCACGAAAUAGGUCCGCUUGAAAGUUUCGAGAAAUGAGGAAAAUCGUGCUACUGCUAUGCAUCUGUCUGGCACAAGGGGGACAAAGCAAAAAGCAAACACGCGACCAGCAAGCUGCGGGUUAUGAGUACGAGUACACCCGACAGGAACCAGAGUUGGGUCUAGCCGAUUCCCUAGCCUACGGAAACCCCGGUCCAGCCUUGGCUGCGGGUCCAAUCGGCCAUGGUCGGGAGCCUCCUCGGCCAGGCUUCAGCGUCGGUGGGCCUUUGGCCAGUAUCGCGAAGGGGGCAGCGGACGAAGCCCAUACCCAGCUGAGCAACCAGCAGACCGCCGCUGGACAGGCUGCCUACGUCGCCAAGAACACGUUGGCUCAGGCAGCGUCUCAAUCGGCCGCCACAGCAGCCGCAGCUCUCGCUGGCAAGCAGAUAGUCGUCCAGGGAUUGGAGCAACAGUCUAGAGAUGCUCACGUCGCGGUAGACGGCGAAAAUCUCCAGCUACAGCAGGCUGUACGAGCGGCGAGCGCAGCCCGGACCACUGCCAAGCAAGCUAUGCACCAAUUGCAAGUGAUCACUGCGGCUCUGAACGCAGCUCAAACGACGGUGGACCGCGCGUCGCAGGCUGCAGCGGAGGCCGCAGCCGAAUUGGCGGCGCAGACCACCAUGCUUGGUCAGGCAAAGGCAAGAGCCGAAUCGGUGGACGAACAACUGACCUCUGCCCGUUUGGACUACGAGACGACCCAAUCCGCUGCUCAAAAAGCUGCGAACGCAGCUGCGGCUGCUCAGAAUAACGCCGCUGCUGCCGCUGCGCAGGUAGCGGACACCGCGGGCGCCUCAGCUCUGCUCAGCCAUGCACCGGUGGAAGUUCAGCAAUCUGUGAAGCUCCCCGAGGACAGUCCCCUUAGACAAUUGCCAGCCACCGCGCACAACGAGCCCAGCGGUCUGUUUUCAGCUGCCGCGCUUUCCGAGGCUGACGGUCUCCGCGACUCCGGUGGUUACCUUGCGACUAGCGCGUUCAACGAUCCCAGCGGUCUUCUCGCAGCUGGCGCGCUUUCCGAAGCUGCUGGCCUGCGCGGAUCCCACGGGCUUCGCGAACAAGCUCUUCUGGGACCCGGUGGCCAUCAGGAAGUCGCCGCCUACCGCGGACCCACCGGUCCCAGUGGCCUUAGUCGCUCGGAAUUGCUCAGCUUGGCGAACGCUUUGCCUGUUGAUAACUACGACCCCAAAGGCUAUCGCUACUAGGUUCCUUUAAACUGAACAGUGGAAUCUAGUUCUCGCCCUUUCUUUAUUAAAAAUAGAACGGGCUAUGUCCGCGUCACAGAUUAUAAAAUGAAACACUGGUAAAAUCUUCAAAUUUCGCUUCUAUCCAUUCUUGGACGUUUGCUCUUUUUAUCUACACAAACACAUUUGUAAAAUAAACGAGUAUUAUCAUUGGAUAUGUAUAGUUUGUCGUAGAGUGUAUAAGUAUCUAUAUGAAGACAAUGUUGUAGCUUUAUUUAACGAUGCAAAUGUGAAUAAAAUUAAUAAAAAAAUAAAUUAAGAUGUAUUGU